GAUAGUUCCAUUGCCACAAAAUAUGAUGCAAAAAAAAUGUUAGUGUGACCAGCAUAAAAAAAUCUGUUCAAAAUGGCAGCCACCGGAUGUCAAUUUUUCUUGUCUUUCUUUUGAUAACUUGACACACGUGCCGCGUGGAGUUUUGCCCCGCAGCACAAUGGUUGCCACUACAGCGAAGAAGCCCGUGAAGGGUAAGGAGGACAGCAAGAAGCUGCCCGCAGUCCCCGAGUCAGUGCUCAAGCACCGCAAGAGGAGGGAGGCUCUCCGCACCAGACGCGUUCAGGUCACCCUCAAGAGGCGCACAGCAGCACUCAAGAAGAGGAAAACUAUCUUCAAGAGGGCCGAGGCUUACGUCAAGGAAUACCGCAUCAGGGAGCGAGAUGAGAUCAGGCUAGCCAGACAAGCACGCAACAACGGUAACUACUAUGUUCCCGGAGAAGCCAAAUUGGCCUUUGUCAUCCGUAUCCGUGGUAUCAACCAGGUCUCACCUAAGGUCCGCAAAGUGCUGCAGCUGUUCCGCCUGCGGCAGAUCAACAACGGCGUGUUCGUGCGCCUCAACAAGGCCACCGUCAACAUGAUGCGUAUUGCCGAGCCCUACAUCACGUGGGGAUACCCUAACCUGAAGAGCGUGCGCGAGCUGGUCUACAAGCGCGGAUUCGCCAAGGUGAAGGGGCAGCGCGUGCCGAUCACCUCCAACACCAUCGUGGAGGACAAGCUCGGCAACAAGGACAUCAUCUGUGUGGAGGACCUCAUUCACGAGAUCUUCACCGUCGGGGACAAGUUCAAGUACGCCAGCAACUUCCUGUGGCCGUUCAAGCUGAACAACCCCACCGGCGGCUGGCGCAAGAAGACGAUCCACUACGUGGACGGAGGAGACUUCGGGAACCGCGAGGACAAGAUCAACGAGCUCCUCAGAAGGAUGGUUUAAGAAUAAAUAGAGUUAAUACCUA